AUGGUUACAUCACCAACGCUCGAAUCCGCAAACACUGAUCCUUUAACCAAAUUAUGGGAUCUAGAAAGCAUUGGCAUUAGGCCUAGUGAACAAACUUGUGAAGCUUCCGAUGACUUUGAAACAUUUUGCGCUGAGAACAUUGAAAAACGUGAGAAACAGUAUUUCUCCAGACUACCAUGGAAACCUGAUCACCCGCACCUACCGACCAACUUCAAUGUUGCCAACGCGCGCACUAGAAACUUGGUUAGGCACCUCCCACCUGAUACCAUCAAAAUCUAUGACCGCAUCAUAAAUGAACAGGAACAACGUGGCUUCAUUGAACGCGUAUUGAAUGAUGACAACCGAUUGGGUCAUUAUCUACCGCAUCGCUGUGUAAAGAAGGAUUCGCCUACCACGCCCAUUCGCAUAGUUUACGACUGUAGUUGUAAAUUCGCAACCACACCAAGCUUGAAUGAUUGUUUACAAAAAGGCCCAGAACUUCUCAAUGAUUUGACAGGCAUAAUCAUGCGUUUCCGCCUUCAUCCCAUAGCACUAAGUAGUGAUAUUGAGAAGGCAUUUCUUCGUGUUGGUCUACAUGAACAAGCUAGAGAUUUCACUAAGUUCCUCUGGUUGUCUAAUCCCGAAGAACCAGAGAGUGACUUCAUCGUGUACAGGUUCUCAUCUGUCCUAUUCGGUUCAAACGCCAGCCCAGCCAUACUAAACGCGGUCAUCCGUAAACACCUAAAAGAAAAUGACUCUGAAACCGCCAGAGACAUUUCCACCAACAUUUACGUGGACAACGUAAUCAGUGGUGUUGAAAAUGAACAGAAUGCGCUAGACUAUUUAAACUCAGCAAAUCAGUUGGUAGAAUCCGGUGGUUUCCAUCUCAGAUCAUGGGCAACAAACAGCCAACUACUGAAAGAAACUGCAAAAAAUGAAGGUGUGCUUGAUGACAGUAGCAACGCAUCACUUCUUGGUCUGAAAUGGGAUACCGACUUGGAUACAAUUGGUUUCAAACCUUGUGACAUUUCAUGUACUCAAACACCAACCAAACGCGAGGUAUAG